AUGUUCCCUUACGGUCAUGUAUGGAAUGAUCCUCGUAAAUCAAUAAAGAACCACAUUCAUCUUCAUCAUGAGCUUGCCUCGCACGAGCAGAUUAGCAUUGUUGAAUCGCUCACGCCCGCCUGGUGGUUUCUCGAACUUCUUCCAUUCCGGAGAUUGACGUUUACAUGGGAUGGUAGAAAGAAAACAACGCGGAAGCCACAUCUCGGUUCGAGUCGCAAAAUUCAUGAGGGUCAGAAAAUCCAUAGCUCUCUCCUUCUGGCUGAGAGUGAUUCAGGAUAUGGGGAGAACAACUCACAAUCGGACAAAGAAGCCUCUUCACCCGGGGCGAAGCCACGCAGGAAGUACACGCCACAAGCUCGCCUGCCUCCUUUCAGCGGAGUGGACUCAUUCUGGGAGACUCUACGACGAGAAGGGCUCACUGGAGCUACCUCCUGCAAGUGGCUGGAGCUCGACCUAUACGAGUCCACUACCUCUAUUGUGGAACAACUCGUGAAUCGUGAUGCUGUUGAUGCAAUGUUGGGACGCAUGCGUGAUAUCGCAAUUUCCGCUGAGGGACGCAAGGCACUCUACACUCCUGUGGUCAAGUUCCUGCGGUUCGCAGUGAGCUUUCUGAGCCGGGUUUUCGAGGAUGAUGAAUCGGUGAAACGACUCCGCUUAAAUGAGAUCGGCCACUUGUCUCACCUUCUUUGGGAAUGCGACUCGAAAGACGUCGAGAAGUGCAACACCGUCCGAGACUUUGUCAUGAAGUUUACAAGCCCGUACCUUCAUGUGUUGGGAAAGCAUCGCAAAACAGUUUCCUUCGUCGCAUUCUCGCCUGACGGCAAGCGGAUGGCCUCGGGCUCUUGGGACCACACGAUUUGCAUCUGGGAUGCGGAGUCAUGGACGAUCCUGCAAGGACCACUUGAGGGACAUACAGAUUUUAAUGCAGAGACUGGGAAGGUGGUGGCGGGUCCACUCAAAGGACACGCAGACGUGGUCUUGUCUGUAGCAUUCUCGCCUGAUGGGAGCUAUGUCGUCUCGGGCUCCGCCGACGAGACAGUUAGGAUCUGGGGGGCGGAGACUGGGAUGCCCGUCGGUGACCCGCUUGGAGGACACACAAAUUGGGUCAUAUCCGUAGCAUUUUUGCCUGAUAGCAAGCGCAUCGUUUCUGGCUCGGAAGACCGGUCGAUUCGGACAUGGGAUGCGGAGACUGGGAAUGCAAUUAUUAUUCACCGAAUCGUCUCGGGCUCGGACAACGAGACGAUUUGGAUCUUGGAAUACGUCGCAUCCGGCUCUUACGACGAGACGAUUCGUCUCUGGGAUGCGAAGACAGGGAAACAGAUUGGAGAGUCGUUACGAGGACAUACAUCGGAUGUCUACUCUGUCGCGUUCUCGCCUGACGGCAAGCGCCUUGCAUCGGGGUCUCGGGAUUCUACAGUUCGGAUAUGGGACGUGGAAACGUGGGUCAAGGUGGCGUGUCUUUCAUAA